AAUUCAAAUAUAUUUUUAAGUAAUAAUAAUAGGACUCUAACGUUACGGGUUUAAGUUUGUAAGCUCCAUUAAAAAUGGAGCUUACAAGCAAAUCAAAUCGUCAGAAGGUGUCAACGGUUUCAAAAUUCUCCGAUAUAUGUCUGGCAACAAUGACUACAUCAUCAGAGGAACAAAUAGGAGAAAGAACCAAUAACAGUUUCACAUGCCCAUUACAAAAUUGUAGAGAACUCCUCACUGAGUCAACAAUUUUAUCACAUUUCUUAUUAAAUCACAACGAAGGGAUAGCCUUCAAGGAAGUUACUCAUAAACAUCACGUAUUAUUGCAGUUUGCUGUUGACAAAUUGGAAUUCAAUAAAAAUUUUUGCAUUGGCUACCUGCACUAUGAUGAAAAUACGGAGGAUGAACCGUUUGAAUCACAAAAUAUAUUCGCCUACAACUUGAUACUGCCGGAAAUAGCAUCUCGCUAUGGAGAGCAUGCUCCGGUUGUGGUUAUGAGCUGCUUAACGACUUGGACUGCAUUAGCAAAAGAGUCGGAAUUAGUAGCCAAAUAUGCCAACUGUAAUAACGAUCUCCAAGUUCUUCUUGUAUGGUUAGUUGGAACAGAAGCUACCGUUAAGAAAUUAUUCACGAUUCGUGCACAUGACAGUACACUUUCUGAAUCUAGAAGCAUUGAAUUAUAUCCAAGAAAUAUCAGGAAAUCGCAAUUGCCAGAAGACAUUACAAAAGACGAAAUUAACAUGUUAGUUUUAAGUCGAUUCGAAAUCAAAUUGCUGUCUCAGAAUCAGAAGGAAAAAAUUAUAAUUGAGGUUUUUCCAAAAGAAGAGGAAAAGAAAGUUAAUCCAAUGCAAAGUUAAUUAAUGUGUAAACAAUUCUUCUAAUUAUGGGAAAAUUAAGUAUUUAAGAAAAUAUCUUUUAUAUUUAUUUAAUAAAAAUAUGAAAUUGUCGUUCACAAAAUAUAAAUAAAAUUGAUAUAUAUAUGCUAACGUAUGUAGAGUCAAAAAGGAUUUGCUCUAAAUAAAUCCAUAGCCUACAGAAGAAAUAUAUUGUUAAUUAAUCUGCAGUUUGUCAACACCCGUCUCUUCCGUUGGACUAAAUCCAAAACUACACACUAAAUUAUUGUGGAUUGGUUUUAAAGUACAUAUCAUA